AUGUCAGACCCGGAAGUCCACCACGCGCCUUUGAAUGCCACAUUCAAGGGCAUUGAACGAAAUGAUGAAGGUCUACCAAUUCAUCAAUUUCUGGGAAUCAAAUAUGCCAAUGUACCGGCACGGUUUGAAAGGGCCGAGCCAGUAGAGAGCCUUGCGGGGGCUGUCAUUGAUGCUACGAAAUAUGGUCCCCGUUGUCCCCAGGUUGAUGUGGAUGUUCGUCAUCUUCUUCGGAUUCCGGAGGACUUCCCAAUUGCCCCAGAGGCAGAAGAUGAAUUUGAAUGUUUGAAUCUGGAGGUCACUUGUCCUCCAGUUUCUACGACUGCAGGCCCUUUGCCCGUGCUUGUUUGGAUUCACGGUGGUUCACAGAUUGUGACUUUCUGCUCAGCUGCCUCUAAGAUUUGCGAUCCUACAAAGAUCGUUGCGGACUCUAUCAGAUUGGGGAAGCCCAUGAUCUUCGUGUCCAUCAAUUAUCGAUUGAAUAUUUUCAGCUUCGGUGAUGGCAAAGAGAAAAACCUAGCUUUGAAGGACCAACGUAUCGGCAUCGAAUGGGUGCGCAAGAACAUUGCGUCGUUCGGCGGUGACCCGAGCAAUAUCACCCUUUCAGGUGAGAGUGCUGGAGCCAUUUAUACUCAUGCGCAUCUGAUCACCGGCCCACCUGUUAAGCGGGCUGUAUUGGCUUCUGGAACUCUUUAUCUGUCAUUCCCGCUACCCGUUGAGAGAGGAAAUGGGAUGAUUAAGGUCUUGGAAUCUAAAGUCCAAGAACUGGGCCAGUCUUCCUUACGAUCAUCUUCUGUUCCUGUGUUGAUUCAGGCACUGAAGGAGUGCAAUGUGAACACCAUGUGGAUUCAGGAAGAGCCUGAAUUGGAUAAUUGGGAAACCAAGCCAGAAAUGGUAGAAGAGGUUAUGAUUGGUGAUACUGAGUAUGAGUCGGUGAUUUGGCGCAAUGGAGUCGAACUUCUAGAUGGUGAGGCCAUUGCUGCCGCAUUUGACCAGAAUCCAGACUUGGGAACAAAGCUUCGCAAGAUGUAUCAAGUUGUUGCCGAUCGACCUACCGCUGCCAAAUUGGGCGCUUUAGACAUUGUUAACGAUGCACGAUACACCCUUCCCGUUGAGGUCAUUUCAGAAAAGCUUCGGGCUGCGAACAAGCGUGUUUACAAUUAUGUUGUUGACCAGCCCAAUCCCUGGCAACCGUCGAGUCGCGCCCAUCAUGCAGUGGAUUUACUUUUUCUGUUCGAGGGUAUUGAUCUGGGCUUCAAUCCCGGCGCACAGACAGUUGGACGGGAGAUGCGGCAACGCUGGAUUGACUUUGUAUCUGGGCAAGCACCAUGGUCCGGUGAUAAGCGAUUUGCGUAUGGACCGCUGGGAGAGUGCAAAGAGAUUAGCGAGGCACAGUUCGCUGCUCGUCGACGAGUUGAACAUUGCCAAGUCCUUCGAGAGGCUGGAAGUAGCGUGUACAUGCCCAUUCUGGGUGCACUCACAGCCGGCCGUAUUAGUCUUCUGAAUUAG